CCAGCCGCCUGGUACUCGGUGCUUGCCUUGUUGGUCGUGGUGCCGGCCCUGCUGGGCUACCUGCAGGAGACGUGCCGGGCCCGGCCCUCGGAGCCGGAGCUGGUGCGCAGGAGGUACCACAGCGUCCGCCGGGAGGACCUGCGCAAGGUGCAGCUCUCACGACAGGAGGCCAUCGCCCAGGUCAAGAGCUUCCUGAUCCAGCUGGAAGGGUUCCUGAACGGGAUGUGCUGCAGCUGCGAGGCAGUGUACCGUGUGCUGUACUGGGAGAACCCCACUGUAUCUUCCCAGUUUUAUGGGGCACUGCUGGGUUCUGUCUGCAUCCUUUACCUGCUGCCCCUCUGCUGGGUCCUGGCCAUCCUCAACAGCACCCUCUUCCUGGGCAACACCCAGUUCUACCAAGUGAUAAUGGAGCUCAAGGCCUCGAUCGAGCAGCGUGUGGGCACCAAACCUCUCGAGAGCGCUCCAGAGCCUGCCGAACCCUUGCCAGCUGCUGCCCCCCUGGAUCGGACCCCCACACCCACCAGCACAGAGGACCUUACCCCUGGCAGCGUGGAGGAGGCAGAGGAGGCAGAGCCUGAUGAAGAGUUCAAAGAUGCUAUUGAGGAGGAUGACGAGAGCUCUCAGUGCUCUGCAGAUUUUGACCUCAACCUUCCAGACAAUGGUUUUAUGAGCAAAAACGAGGUGAUCCGCAGCAAGGUGUCACGUCUGACCGAGCGCCUGCGCAAGCGCUACCCCAGCAACAACUUUGGGAGCUGCACGGGCUGUGCAGCCACCUUCUCUGUGCUCAAGAAGAGGCGGAGCUGCAGUAACUGUGGGAACAGCUUCUGCUCCAGGUGUUGUUCCUUCAAAGUCCCCAAGGCUGUGAUGGGAGCCACAGCCCCGGAGGCUCAGAGGGAGACGGUGUUUGUGUGUGCUCUGUGCAACCAGGUGCUCAUCAAGUGA